GGUCCCCCAUGAGGCUAGAGGCUGCAGCAAGGAUGGAUCUGAUCAGGAAGCUGUGGAGGGCGAGGAAGCUGAUCCUCGUGGUGCUCAUCCCGCUGUCACUGCUUCCUCUGCCGCUCAUCCACCCAACCAGCGAGGCAUGCUGCGCGUACGUGCUGAUGGUGACGGCAGUCUACUGGGUGUCUGAAGCUGUUCCUUUGGGUGCUGCUGCUCUGGUCCCGGCCUUCCUCUAUCCACUUUUUGGGGUGCUCAAGUCAAGCGAGGUGGCAGCAGAGUACUGUAAAGACACCACUCUACUGCUGAUGGGAGUGAUCUGUCUGGCAGCCUCCAUAGAGAAGUGGAACCUGCACAAACGCAUCGCACUGCGCAUGGUGAUGAUCGCAGGAGCCAAGCCUGGCAUGUUAGUGCUGGGCUUCAUGUGCUGCACAGUCUUUUUGUCCAUGUGGCUCAGCAACACGUCCACCACAGCUAUGGUGAUGCCUAUAGCCGAGGCCGUCCUGCAGCAGCUGAUCUGCACCGGGCUGGCCGACAGCCAGGACGACUCAGAAACAGCAGAGGCCACGGAGGACGAAGCCUCUCUCUCUGAUAAAGAAGAGAACCUGGACAAGAACCAGUUAGAGCUGCUCUAUCGCAAUGACAUCAACGACUGCACUAAACAGGACCUGGUUACAUUAAGUGAGGAACAGACUGGGGAGAUGAACGGAGUGGGUUUGAUGUCAAACUGUAACCAGGACAUCAUCAAACAAACAAACGGACACCUGCCACAGAUUGCGAUUGAAAUCCCAAAUGUGAAGCGGGUGAAGGCCAGGAGAGACUCCCAGUACCCCACCAAAAGGGAUCACAUGAUCUGUAAAUGCCUUUCGCUCAGCAUCACCUACGCAGCGACAAUCGGCGGCCUCAUUACCAUCACUGGGACAUCAACCAACCUCAUCUUUGCUGAGCAGUUUAACACUCGUUACCCAGAUGCAAAGGUGAUAAACUUUGGUACGUGGUUCAUCUUCAGCUUCCCCAUCGCCAUCAUCAUGCUGGUCCUCACCUGGCUCUGGCUGCACUGCCUUUUCCUGGGCUGCAAUUUCAGGGAAACAUGCUCGUUGAGUAAGAAACGCAAAACCAGGAGAGAGAUGAUGUCAGAGAAGAGGAUCCAUGAUGAGUAUGAAAAGCUGGGACCCAUCAGUUACCCAGAGGUAGUGACGGGGGUUUUCUUCAUCCUGAUGACUCUGCUGUGGUUCACCAGAGAGCCUGGUUUUGUGCCCGGUUGGACGUCUCUCUUUGAGAAGAAAGGCUACAGAACUGAUGCAACAGUGUCCGUCCUUCUGGGAUUUCUGCUCUUCCUCAUCCCUGCUAGACGACCCUUCUCAUCAUCCUCCAGCUAUAAAGACACAGGUGAUGAUGACCCGCUGGCCCCUAUGAUCACCUGGAAAGACUUCCAGAGACUGAUGCCGUGGGAGAUCGUCAUCCUGGUUGGAGGGGGUUACGCCUUGGCUGCUGGCUGCAAGGUGUCAGGACUGUCGGUGUGGAUCGGCAGACAGCUGGAGCCCAUGAGUGGCCUUCCUCCCUGGGCCGUCACCCUGCUGGCCUGCCUGCUGGUGUCAGCAGUCACAGAGUUCGCCUCCAACCCAGCAACUCUCACCGUCUUCCUGCCCAUCCUGUCAGCGCUGUCGGAGACUCUGCAGAUCAACCCCCUCCACACUUUGAUCCCGUCCACCAUGUGCGUGUCAUUCGGGGUCAUGCUUCCAGUGGGGAACCCCCCCAACGCCAUCGUCUUCAGUUACGGCCACGUGCAGAUAAGCGACAUGGUGAAGGCAGGCUUUGGAGUGAAUCUGAUUGGUGUGGCAGUGGUGAUGUUAGCCAUCACCACGUGGGGAGUCCCCCUCUUCAACCUGACUGAGUUUCCAGCCUGGGCAGCUGGCAGGAACAUGACCGGGAUCUUAUAACCACCGCUGGGAAGAAAAGGUGUUUAAAAAAAAAAAACUUUGAAGACUAAGAGAAAGAAAGAGAUGAGGCGAUGUUUCUGUUUGGAAAUAAUACAAGAAUAUGGCAUGGCUUGUCAAGAGGACAGCUCAGAAAUAAGGAGCCCUUUCUUGCUGGGAGAGGAAGAUUAACAGAGGAAGGACUUGUGAGAAGAGUGAAAAACAUUACCUGUUGCUUAGAUGUAAUAGUUAGAAUUAUAUUUUUGUUGGCCAUAAAGGAGUGGAUUAGUGGAAGAGGAGACUGUGUAGAGCUCUGACCUCCAGCAAAAUCUCUUAAUUUACCUCCAUUUAUGAUGUUGAAUGGAGACUCUGUUCCAACAAAUCCCUAAAAAUGAAUGUUUGGUGAUCAAUUCCUAAUAUUUUAUCAUUAAAUUUAUAGAAAGAAUGAUAAGUGUAGAUGCUGCUUGGCCACAGAGCCACAUUAGGUGACAUUUUUGAUAGAAAUAAGCUAACUGGUCAUUGUGCAGAAGCCUCUUUUUGCUGCUUGCUUGCUGAAUGCCUGCUGCACUUAAAUGUCUUCUUUGCACCCACUUUAUGUAAGUUGCAACAGAAUGGGCUGGUGGCAAGUUUUCUGGGAAAAUUUUGCAGUUUAGUUUUCACAUUGCCUGCACUCUCCAGCUGCACAAAAGCAAGAAAAUGGGUAAAAAGAGGCUUUGCAUGUGGCUGUCAUUGUACUAUAUAUGUAGAGCUACUUUCAGAUGCAUUGCAUAACUUUAUGAGCUGUCUCUAAUAAGAUAAAAGUUUAUAUUUAUAUGGCAAAAAUCUAAAGUAUGUUCACUUUUAACUGAUUUUUGCUACUGUUCUUGCAUUGCCGCACAAAUCUAUUCAACGUACCAAAGUCUUGAAAGUCAAGGCAACAUUUCCACUUCAGUACCAGCAGUGCCUUCAUCAUUGAUGUUCAUAUCAAACUCCACUGCUGCCUUACUAUCUCAGAGCACUGCAGUAAUGUGGAUCAGUGCCACUCUUUGAAAUUGCUUUUCUGUGUGCCAUCAGUCAUAUUCCUGUAUUUCAUGCUAUAAAAUAUUGAGAAUGUGCUGUUUUAAGGUGAAAGAGCCCUAUGAUAAUUGAUCAUAAUACCACUGUGCUUUCUAGGCAAGAUUUUUGGAAGGUAGACACAUUCUGGAGGUGCAUAAGAAGCUGUUGAUUCCUACAAAAUAUCCUUCCAAGAGAAGCACUGAUUGUUUAAAUUGAGUUUUAGCCGAUGUCCGUACCAAUGCCGAUGUUGUUUGAAGAUAUACUUGCUGUUAAUUUAAGAAAUGUUUGCCAUUAUUAAAGAUGGGUAGAUCCUGAGGCCAGAACAAUGUAGCGCCAUUGCUCUGAAAGUUUUCCUCCAGAACACGUUACAUAUUUGUAAAUGUAAUUACAAGACGCUUAUGGAAAUAGCAAGUCUAUCUCCAGCCUAACCAAACUCUCCCACUUGCCAACACUUCCUCUAAUGUUUAACCAUGAAAACAGGCGAGUUUCUCCAGGUCAUGUCCUCUGAAAACAAUUAUAAAUCUAUGUGGAUAAGUUGUUAGAAGUGCUAAAUUUAAGCAGUGAACUGAUGCAGCACAACAGAUAAACAUCGACCCCUGACAUCAGUUCAUGCCCACAUUUUGCAGAUGGCUGUCUGUCAAAAGAGCCGAAGAUGCAUCUCUUCUUCUUCCCCUAGCAGUGCUUUCUUUAAUAUUUCAGUCUUAAGAUCAAUGUUAAUAUGCUUUAUGCCAUAAUGAAUCCACAGAAAAGCUUCAGGAUUAAUUAUGAAGAAGCUAAAUCUUUGCUUUUACUAGACUUCUGUAAUUGUGAUGAUAAUGUUCGUCAGCAGAUAAUUCUGCCCUUAUCAAAGUUGAAAACACUUGAAAAGUUCAUGAUAAAAAUAGAGAUUUUUAUUACAUUUCUUACAGCAACGUGUAAAGCAACAGGGCGGCCAUGUUUGGUCUAAAUUUAUCAUCAAUUUGAAGGCGAGGCUUGCACCAAACUCCCUUUAAGUUCUGAGUUACUGUGCAUCCAAAGCCUUACAAGAGGAGAGAUGGAGCAAGGGUUGCAAGGUCCAUUAGCUUGUUCAAUCAUUUGUCAAAUCACAUUAAAUGUUGUCUGGUGGUGAAAAGGUUUGCACACAACAUUCAGUGUACUGUGCAGAAAUAUAAAAGACAUGCUUUAUAUUUUUACACAAAUUUUUAAUGUAAUUUGUGCAUUUUUUAUAUAUAUAUAUAUAUAUAUCACUGCAUUUUAAGUUUAGGUCUUAGGUUUCGUACAUCUUGACGGUGUUACGGCAGUGACCUUUGACCCAAGGGCCACACUCCUUUGUAAAUACAUACAGGUUUGUAAUAUAAAGAUGAUGUGCCUUUGCCUGUUUUCAGAUGAGCUGUAAUAUUCAUAAAUUAUCUGUUGUACUUUGAUGUCUCAUUCAUAUUAAAGUCAAAAAUUAGAGUUAGGAUGAUACCAUGUUAUACAUGCACACAAUAAAACCACUUUAACCCUUGACUGUAAUGAUUAUUGUUUUCACUGUCUUACAUUAUUUUCCAAAAGACACCAGGAAUGAAAAGGUUUGAAUCAGCAAAGAUCACACCAGAAGAAUUUGAUCAGUGCAAAAAGUACUUUUUAAACUCAAACAAAAAUGGAGAAAGAAAAAAAAACAUGUUUUUCAUUAUUCUGACACAGAUAAAGGUCCAGUUAGUGUGAAUGCAUGGGCUGAGUUGAUGAAUAUUUGUAGGUCUCUGACAGUAUCACAGCAUGUUAACACAAUAAGAUCAUAUCUUUGCUAUGGUGAAUUAAAACUGAGAAAUCCUGUCCUUUGAAUUUAAACAUUUA